GACCUGCGAUUGGUCACUUGAGCCACUUUCAAAUCCCAUUGUUGGGGGGGUUUUUAUCAUGAUAACAUCAACAUCGACUCCAAGCUCCUGCCAAACGACUCGGCUCGGAUGUUGUACUUGAGUACAUGAAUCCCGUUUCCAUCAUUUCACUUUCAUCACAUCAGAAUGCCACCGCCUAGUAAUAAUCCCAGGCUACCUCCGCCCGCCGAGCCGCGACACAGCCGCAACUUCGACCCCUGGAACUCGGUCGGGGCGGGCCAUCAGCGUGCUGAGACCCGGGGCCCGCAGGGAUGGCGCGAGUCGCGCAAUCUGAAGAUGAACAGCCAGUUCCGGGCGGGCAACUCGGGCGGCCAGCGCAUCUCAGACACAGUCGGCGUCGGGUCCGCAGACUUUGACGAGCGCCUGGGCAUGCUGGUGCCCAAGGAGGUCCGCGCCCGCGCCAUGAACAGCGUGGCCGAUAUGCUGCGCAAUCCCGGAUCCAUGCGGGCUGCGUCGCGGCGGCCGCCGCCGCCGUCUUCAUCAGCCUCUGCCUAUCGGACCGGUGUACCGCCAGGGAAGGGGGUAGAGGCGGAAGAGGCCGGCACCGGGAAUGCUAGCCGAACGACGGCAGAAGAGAGGCUUGCCCUAGCCCGCAAGGCGGAGGACGAGACGCGCGAGGAGGAGCAGGCCAAGCGGGCGCAGGAGCGCAGGAUCUUUGACGGUGUCGUCGUCUACGUCAGCGGCAGCACCCACCCGCUCGUGUCGGACCACAAGCUCAAGCACCUGCUUGCGGAGCACGGGGCGCGCAUGUCGCUCCACUUGGGCCGCCGCCAGGUUACCCACGUCAUCCUGGGGAAGCCGUCCGGGCCGAGCGGAGGUGCAGGCGGUGGGCUGGCGGGCGGCAAGCUGGAGAAGGAGACCCGGCGGGUCGGCGGCUGCGGCAUCAAGUUUGUCGGCGUCGAGUGGGUGCUGGAGAGCGUCGAGGCCGGCAAGCGACUUCCCGAGGCGCGGUUCGCCAAUCUCAAAAUCGCCGCUCGGGCGCAGCAGAGUGUUCUCGGAGCCUUCUCGAAGGCCGACGGAAGCGCGCAGCAGCCAGCCGUUGCCACCCCCAGGAGCUGACACACACCGCCCCUUUGUGGUAAG